CAGUUUUUACCAAUAAUUUAUCAUUCUAUAGAGCCAAUCAGAGGAUCAGGAAGUGUCAUGUAAAGUUUGUGGGAAACAUGUUUACUUGAUGGAUAAAAUCAUGGCUGUGAAAAGUGCUUUCCAUAAGUCUUGUUUUCGUUGCAAGGAAUGUGGAAAAUCACUGAAUAUGGAUACCUACUCGUCCCAUGCAGGAGAAAUUUACUGUAAACCUCAUCACAAACAGCUUCUUCAGCCUAAGGUCUGUAACGGAGAGAGAGUGAAAGAUGAUAGCAAGACAGAAGAAAUAACAACUGUUGAAGAUCUUGAUAACAUCAGAUCACGGUUUGAAUCACCCCUGGAAGAGUGUCAUCCCGUUUCCAAAGAAAAUGCAGUUUCUCUUACAAGAACAGAGAGUAUCCAAGUUAGAAUGGCAAAAUACCAGUCAGCGGUCAGCAAAGUUCAUCAGAAUGGUGAUCAUUCCGUAUCCUCUGAAGAUGAAGAUGACAAUUUGACCAAGUUGAAGAAUGAUGAGAAUAAAGAACUGUCAGAUUUACGAGAAACAAUUGGAGCAAGGAGGUCAGAGUCAAUGCGAGAAGCCUACGAACGAGCAUGUAAAGAAGCUAACACUGGAUCACCAACUCGUGGUGAGUCCAUUACUUUGGGCAAAGAGAUUAAAGCUGUUAACAUUAAAGAAAAGUUUGAGAAUGGAGCUUUGGAUCAGGAGAACAAUGAAAAGAUGGAGAGGGCUCGCAGGGAGAAGGAGGAGGACUUGAGCAUUGUCAGUGAAACAAGAGACAGUGUUGCAGGAGCUCGAACACUUUUCAAGCAAUUUGAUGCUGUUGGCACAACUACAACCUCUCUCCUUCCUGGUAGGCCUUCUCAUGGGCAUUCUCAUAAGCUGAUUUAUGGUGCUAGCACCACUUCCACCUCUGGAGAAGUAGUUAAGUGCAGUGAGCCAGGUAUCAAAGAACAAGCUGAUGUAGUACCAGUUGAACUUCAGGAACGGUUUAAUUAUUUUGAAAACUACAAGGAAUCAAAAUCUCAGUUAAAGUGUGAUGAUGGUGAUGAUGAAGUUCCUAGAGACCCAAAGGUAAUUCGAGCUUCUGAUGUCCAAGAAGAAGUUAUGAUAACAGAUACAGCAAAACGAAUGUUGGACAAAUUUAAACAACUGGAGAAUCAAGGUGCUGGAUCACCUGUUCAAAGUGUUCCUAAUCCUUUGAAGAAGAUCACUCCUCCAAGAGAAAACAUCCACAUAGUAGAAAAACACGAACCCUCACCAGAGCCACAGCAUGAUCCUGAUGUCAUUCGCUGCACAUACAAAGUAGAAGAUGACAUGACAUGGAAAGCUGACCAGGCCAGAAGUCUGAAAGCCAAGUUUGAACACUGGGAUGUUGAAGUUGAAAGAGAGAAUAAAGUACCAGAUGAUGAGGGUUUACCAGAAAUCGACAUAACCAAGAACCUUAGAGCCAAGUUUGAGGCUAUUCGUGCAGAAAGCACUAAGACUGUUGAGAAACCUCUACUCAGAGGAAGGAAAUUUGUAGAGCUUGGAAUAAUGUCACGUGAAGAAUGUGAUCUCUGUGCAAAGAAACUCUACCCAAUGGAAAGGAUGGAAGCCAGUGGUUUUAAGUUUCACAAAAACUGUUUCCGUUGUUGUCACUGUAACAGCAUGCUUAGGUUAGAUAAUUACACCAUCAAUAGCCACAAGUUCUACUGUACCCCACACUUCAAGCAAUUCUUCAAAUCUAAAGGAAGCUAUGAGGAUGGAUUUAUAAAGAAGCCGACUGAGAAUGGCUACACAAAUGGCGACACUCCUGAUGUAAUGAGGAACCAAGAAGUGGCUGCCUAACAAGUAUCUGAAAUAUUUUAAUAUAGAUAUGGUACUUUAAUAUGGUACUUAAUUCCAUAAUAUUUUUAUGGUUUCUGAAACUUCAUUUUACUGUUGCCUGCUAACUGCACAGGUUGGAUUAUUUGCAACUCGUACUUUAAUUUUCAAUCAAAAGUUCUCUUUACGGAGGUAAAAUCACCCGAUGAGUAGAAAGUAAAGAUUGCGAAUCUAAUCUGUGGAAAUAUGUUUAUAAUAAAAAUAAACAUUAUAAAAGGACACGUGGAAUACUGGGAACUUAUCAAAGUAUUUAUUCUUGACAUCGGGACACAAAUCUGUAGAAAUUAUGAGUGAAAAUGAACAUUGUUUUCAUAGGUUAUUCAAGAAAUUAGUUUCAUUGAAAUAUCAAACAGGAAAAAAUCUUGGAGAACGGUCAUCUGAGUGGCUUGAUAGCCUAAAUUAGGUUUUUACAAUAAACACAACAUUAUUCAAUAUGAACAACUGACGCAUAUCUGAAAUUACUGUUUAGAUUAAAAAAAUGUGGAUCAUUGCCCAGAUUAAGUAGCAGAUCUUGGUUACAUUAAUAAUAUUCACUUUCAAUAUGUUUUACAUUAAAGUCAUUCCUACAGUAUCUUACAUACAUGAUCUGAUAUGACAGUGUUUGUAAUUUACUCUUUCGUGUGAACCAAAAGAAUAGCACUAGUUAGUAUUUUAUCAACAUUUUCAUCAAACUACUUUGGUUUGUGAGAGUUGCUUUGCACAGCUUAAUGUAGGUUUAAGUUUCUCUUUGUAUAUAUUUAUAUAUAUAU